AUGGCAUCUGAGAAGGAAAAAAUGACCCACGUCGAUGUGACAGAGUCGACUUCAAAGUCGUCGUCGUCCAUCAAGGAGAGGGCCCUCGAAGGCCAGGGCUUUGACGCACAGCGCACAAAGGCCCUCCUCUGGAAGCUCGACAGGAACAUCGUUCCCUUCCUUGCACUCCUCUACCUACUCUCUUUCCUUGAUCGCACAAACAUCGGAAACGCUCGCCUAGCUAAACUCGAGACCUCCCUCAACAUGAAAGGUCUUGAUUACAAUAACGCCUUGGCAAUCUUCUUCCCAUUCUAUGUCGCCGCUGAAGUGCCGAGCAACAUCAUGUUGAAGCGUACCCGCCCAGCCUUUUGGUUCUCAUUGAUCAUGGUCCUCUGGGCACUCUCAACGGUCGUGAUGGGCUUUGUCAAGACGUAUCAUCAGCUUCUUGCACUUCGCGCUAUCCUUGGCUUCUUCGAGGGCGGCCUGUUCCCCGGUGUCAAUUUCUACAUUACGACCUGGUACCGUCGUCACGAAUGUGGUCUUCGCAUGGCCAUCUUCUUCUCUGCUGCGACCGCCGCUGGUGCCUUUGGUGGCUUGCUCGCUCGUGGUAUCACUGAAAUGCAUGGCAAGGGCGGUCUUGAAGGCUGGAGCUGGAUCUUUAUUCUUGAGGGCAUCCUCACGUUUAUCGUCGCUGUCUGGGCCUACUUCCAAAUCCAUGACUUCCCCCACACGGCCAAAUUCCUUGCCCAAGAUGAGCGCGACGAAGUGCAGCGCCGUCUCACCGAAGACCGCACCUCGCUCGCCGACGAAUUCUCGUACGCGUACGUCAAGGAUGCAUUGACCGACUGGAAGAUCUGGGUGCACAUGAUUGCGACAUUUGGAAUCUACACUGCUCUCUACAGCAUUUCCCUCUUCUUGCCGACCAUCAUCAAGUCUAUGGGAUACAAGGACAACAAGGCUCAGCUCAUGACCGUCCCUCCCUAUGUCGUGGCUUGUGUGUUCACAAUCUCGGGUGGAUUUGCAGCGGACAGGUACAAACAGCGCGGUAUCUUCAUGAUUGGAUUCUGCUUGCUCGCGCUCACCGGCAUGGUCAUGCUCAUCUCCUCGGCCAACAUUCACGUCCAAUAUGCUGGCACAUUCCUUGCCGCGUCGGGUAUCUACGCAAACGUCCCGGGUGGUGUCGCAUGGAAUAGCAACAAUAUCGGUGGUUCGACCAAGCGUGCUGUCGGACUUGGACUGCACGUCGCCUUUGGUAACCUUGGUGGUGUGCUUGCGAGCUACCUCUUCCAGAGCAAGGAUGCCCCACGUUACAAGCCCGGCUUUGCCGUACUCAUUGGCAUGCACGCCAUGUCGGUUGUCCUUUGCAUCUUCAUGACCAUCUACCUCCGAUAUGAAAACGCGCGCCGCGACCGCGUUGCAAGGGAGAAUGGCUGGCCACUGAAGGCUGAGGAGUACACCCACGAGAUGCGCGAGGCCGAGAGGACAAAGGGUGACAACGCGAGUUUCUUCCGCUACACGAUCUAA